AUGGCACAACGCACGCUCGAAAUCCCAUUGAAGCAUGAGCAAGUGCUUGAAGUCAUCUGCAGUGAUCUUCCGAGCGAUCCCAGUGAGCUUACCAACAUCUUUGAACAAGAGAGCGUUGCCUUUUCCCACUACUGCACACUUGCUAUUGAAUACUAUCAACAAUCCAGAGUGAAGCAAGCCAUCCAGGUGCUCGAUGCGUGUCUUGAAAAUGCCAAUCGUACCUUGACGACGCAACCUCGCGAGAAACUACCGAUUCUUACACUCUGUGCAACAAUGCAUCUUGCGUUAGUCAAAGCAAGCCGUGCGAGUGAUGAUAGACGACACCAUCUCGAUACAGCCAACCGCCUUAUUCAAGAAGCCGAUCGUAUUCACGCUCAACAUGUACCAACAGCGAUUGUGAAAGCCAACAUUUAUCUUACAUCAGGGCGCGUUGACCAAGCACGAUCCAUCUUUACGCAUCUUUUGGAUAAGCAGCAUGAUUGCAUCCCCGCACGCACCGGUUUGGCAAAGAUCCAAUAUGUUCAUGGUCAUUAUCGUGAAGCGCUUGCUCAGUUCCAAAAGGCUCUUCAAUUAUCACCACCACCUAUCGCUGCUGCAGAGAUCAAACUCACCAUCGCACAAUGCUUUGCACAUCUGGGCAUGUCUCAACAAGCCAAGGAUGCUCUCAAACGUUGCAUGCAACAGGGAUCUAUCAACAAAGCAACAUGCCUCGCUCUCAUGGCCAUUAUCGAUCUCAACAUUUCAAAGGAUAUCUUGGCUGAUGCUGCAACCCGUGAAAAGGCACUAGCAAGUGGUCUUCGGCAAUUACAGGAUGCAUUCAAGGCUGAACGUUACCAUCCCGUUGUUCUGAAUCUGGUUGCUAACCAUUGUCACAAUAUGGGCCAUCCUGAAAAGAGCAUGGAGUAUGCAAAGGAAGCAUUGGAAUACACAAACAACAAGUUCAUCAAAUCCGAAGCAUUGUUCCAAAUCGCCAGAGCAUAUCAUGUAUUGGGCAACUUUGAAGAUGCCAAGAUUUUCUACCAACAAUGUCUCGCUAUUGAGCCCAACUAUGGAUUGGCACAGUACCACAUGGGUCAAAUACAUAUGCACAAUGGCAACGUUGAUGAUGCUAUCAAGGUGUUUGAAAAGCUACAAAAGACGUAUAUUCUGAGUGAUGAUAUUUCAAGAACAUUGGGUGCCGCAUAUGCCAUGGCUGGCAAGAAUAAGCAAGCACUCUCGGUGUUCAAUGGCAUUGUUGAUUAUGCAACUCAAAACUCUAUUUUUGCUGCUCAAGUCGGCAAUUUACAUGAGGAUACCAACAUUGGCAAAGCACUUGAAUAUUAUGAAAUGUCUAUCAAACGGAGGGAUGAUCCAGAAGCUGAUGACAAGGAAGCUGCUCAGAUGGAUGCCAUCAAGGUGGAAGUACUGAAUAAUCUUGGCACAUUAUACAUGUUGAGUGGAGAUCUGGAAAAGGCAGCCGAUCAUUACAAGCGUGCAUUGGAAGCGUACCAACAACAGCAUGAUGGCCAAGAAAAGGCACCAGAAGAUGACAUCAGUGUUACAGUCUCCUUCAACCUUGGGCGCGUGCAUGAAGAAAGAGGAGAGCUUGAUCAAGCAAAGGAGCUUUACACAAAGAUUGUUGAUGAAUGCCCUGAUUAUUAUGAAGCACGGUUACGAUUGGGCGCUAUCGAGCAAGCAUUGGGACAUACUGAUGAAGCUGUGGCACAUUUCAACGCUGUUGCCGAAAGUCAGCCAAAGAAUCCUGCACCUUGGAUCAUGAUUGCUCGUGCUGAGAUUACACGCAAUGAAAAGACAUGCAAACGGGCACUGGAACGGGUAUUACGCGAGUGUGAUCGAGACAAUGUUUAUGCACAUGUGGCUCUUGGCAAUUAUCAUGCAACUGUGGCAAGAGAACUCAAGGGUGACAAGUAUAAGCAACAUCGUCAAGAGUCGUACAAGCUCGCAUUCAGCUUUUUCAGCCAAGCACUCCGACGUGACCCCAAGUGCGCUUAUGCAGCAAAUGGUAUUGCCAUGCUGAUGGCUGAUAGCGGUGAUAUGGAUGGUGCACAUUAUUUGUUCAAUCUUUUACGUGAGUCAACAUCGGAAGAGCCAUCUGUGUUGAUCAACUGUGGCCACACGCUUGUUGAGUUGAAGCGGUAUCGUGAAGCAAUUGCUAUGUACUCGCAUGCCAAUCGAUUGUAUCCCAAGGACAACAAGGAUGAGAAUUUGUUAUUAUGUUUGGGACGAGCACUUUUCCUUGGUGCCAAAGCAUCACGUGAUCUUGAUUAUGCAGGACGAGCUAUUGAAGCAACUCAAAAAGCACAUGACAUCAACCCUGAUAGCAAGUCGACUUUGUAUGAUUUGGCCCUUACACAGCAAUCCUAUGGCGAGUUGUUGAACGACAUGCCAGCUGCAGCACCCGAAUUAAUUGAACAGGGUAUCUCCAAGGUCGAAUCCAGUCAACAGAUCUUCCGCUCUCUCAUCAACAAUGAAACCGAUAACGCUACAUCACUUUCCUAUGACAAGAAAAUUACAGAACAGCGUGCUCGUUAUGGUGAAACGCUGCUUAUGCAAUUGAAGCGUAAACUUCAGGAACGCACAGCUGAGCGAGAUGCCAAACGACGGAGGGAGGAAGCAGAGAAUGAAGAAAAGGAGCAGCAGCAGCAGCAGCAAGUAGAGGGAGAAGCACAACAACAAAACAAUGAUCCCAAUGGUCACUCGAUGGAUUCGAAUGAGGAACGGCCUACCAAACAGCAGCGGACAUCAUCUGUGGAAGUGCAAUAG